CUCUGGGGAGAGAGAGGAAGGAACUUUUUUGAUUAGGUAAAAGCAAUAGAAGAAUUGCUUGGAUGAAAGGUUUGCUUUGGACCAUUACUUGUAAGUGCUUGAAAUCCACACACACUUCUUUCUCUUUCUCUAUAACAAUCCUCACGGCGGAGAAAAACCCAACAAAUUUUCGUCAAAUCUCCAUAACUCAGAGUAGGUCGAGAAUAUUUUAUUUUUAUUGUUUUUUUGGAUGAUUACGAAGAUACUAAUUUAGAGAGAAAUUGAAGGAAGAAUUUUGAUAGGAUCGAUGGAUAGCUUGCUUUGUGAUGAAUUGAUUCAAGAAAUUUUUCAAAAGCUGCCGUCGCCGUCGUCCUCCGCCGUGUCUCUAGUCUCGAAGCGGUGGCUCCGCCUCUACAGGACUUCCAAAACUGCCCUUUCUCUCCGCCUCUACAAUUUAUCCGUUUCAUCUCUUUCAUCUCUUCUCUCCCACUACCCUUUUUUAUCUUCCCUUUCAAUUCUCUCCGCCGAUUCAUCCGCCACGCCGGUAGCCACUCCCUCCGCUGAAAUUUUAUCCGAAAUUCGCCGUUUCUGUACAAAUCUCAAGGCUCUGAGAUUCCUUGCCGGCCCUGUUUCUCUAUCCUCCCUUGUUUCUCUCUCCUCUGCUUGUACCCACCUUGCUUCCCUGUCUAUCAACAUAUAUCGGCCGUUGAAUUUCCGGUGGGUUGUUAAUUUUCCGGGUUUGAAAUGGCUUUCGGUCUCUGUUAUCUCCGGCGAGGGUUUUGAAAUUGAGGUGAAUUCCGGCGAUUGGGAGUGGGAGUCGGCAGAGGUGGAGGUGGAAUUGGGGAUUCAGAGCCUUUGUUUGUCCGGCCUCCGUGCUGGCGAUUGGGGCGUCGGCUGGCUGUGGCGGAGCUGCAAGAAUCUCCGGCAGUUACAGCUCCGCGGCUGUGAAACCGUCGGUGACGGCGGGUCGUUUUCGUCUUUCGUUGAGUGCUUGCCGGGACUCUGUGAGGUGGAGCUGCGAACUUGCCGGAGCAUAGCCGACGGCGUUUUGAUGAAAUUGGCGGAGAAUUGCCGGAAUCUGACAUCCCUUCUAGUUUACGACGGCGGCAGUCGAGAAGGUCUCCUUCAAUUCCUCGGUCGCCAACAAAGAAAUCUAGAGAAUCUCGACCUGCGCCUGCCUCUCGACCUCAACAAUGAGCAUCUCGUCGCCAUUGCCAUGAACCUUCAAGAUCUCUCGUCUCUCCGAUUGCAGAGUUGUUGUCUCAUCACUGGCGACGGUCUAAAAGCCAUCGGUACCGCCCUCGGCUCUCGUCUCGAGGAGUUAGCAUUAAUUAACUGCGACGUCGUGGAGAGAGAAUCCGGGUUGCUGGCCACCAUGGGACAGAACUUGAAGCAAUUGAAAAGUCUUGACCUAUCUCACAAUGAGACGUUGAUGGACAAGGACUUCAUCUCCAUGAUAAUCUCUUGCAACUCCAUUAAAGAGCUUAAGCUUAGGGGCUGCAAAUGGCUGACUGGAGCUGCCAUUUUUGCACUGUGGAAGAACUGCAAGGAUUUGGAAACCAUUGACAUUGUCCAAUGCCCUAAGAUUCAUUCCAUUUCAGUGGAGCUUUAUGCCAUGAAUUUGCCUAAAUUGAGACAACUCAAGGUUGAAGAUGACAAGAUUUAUGAUAUUGUGAGGAACUCGGCCUCGCGUCAAUUCGUCGAAAUUGUUGCUUGAUUCGAAGAGGAUAUAAUAAAUGGUUCCUCGAAAAAGAUGGAACAUAGUAAAUAAGAAAGAUGAUUCAUAAAUUGUACUAUAUUUUUUAAUUCGACCAUUGUGAAGUGGGGGAUCGAAUCGGAUCGCUUUUUAAGAUGAUAUUGAUGUUUUAUCGAAGUUAUGCUCGAAUUGGCCGUUAAUGA